AAAUCACUGCUUUACUGUGGAAUGUCCAUUUCAAUGUACUAAAAUGUGCAAUAUUACUGGUAACUUAUUGUGGAAUACAACAAUACUGCAGUGUUAAAAAAAAAUUCAAAUGACAGCUACACUUACGUGAAGGUAAAAUACAAUUUGGUGAGUGUGCUCCCCAUCUUCAAGUGAAUCAGAAUACAUGAUGAUAAAGUUUGUAUCAAUUUAAAUGUAUUGAAACCACAAACUAUUUAAAAGCUUCUGAAACUUCAACUCCUUCCAUGACAACCAUAACUACAACCACACUUAGCAAACAGGAUGACAUGCCAUUUUAUAUAUCUUUCUUCUUUUCUGCCUAAAGAGAACUUUUUACAAAACCAGGAAUGUAUGUUGUACAUAAAGUGUCCUGCUUCUAAUCAGAAGUUUUAUGAUUUUUUCCACCCAACAUGGUUUUGACAUGCAUCUCUUGAGUUUCCAAACCAGUGCUAUUUUUACUACUAUUUAAAAAUGUUUUCCAAUGUUUUCCAAAGUCUUUAUCAAGACACUAUAUCAAUGUUCAAAACAAAAAUGCAUGUAGUUUGUGGCUUUCACAACUUAAGCUCUUAAAUGUGGGUAAACCUAUUUCCUUUGGCCAAACAACUUCCUGCUGCAAAAUAGAGCAUUGUUAUGACUCUGAUCUCAGAACAGAAUUUGGUGUCUGAAAUGUCACCUUUAGCACCCAGAAGUAAACCUUUUGAUAUAGAGAAGAAAAACAAAGAACAGUUUCGUUUCACCUCAAUCGCAAGUGAGAACAUAACUUGCAAAAAUCUUCAUUUCUCAGUUCUUCAUCUCAUUUCUUAAUUUUUUUUAUUCCUAAAUGGCCUUUAUUGGUUAAGCAUAUUUUAGUGGGGAAUUACUUUAACUGUAGGUUCAUAGGUUACCAAUAACAGCACAGAUGGAAAUUUUAAAAACCCACGCAAACUGGGAGUGAGCAGAAAGAGGGGUUUUACUUCCUUUGACUGGAAAUCUAGCAGUUCUUCAGAAAUCAAGCAAACACUGGACUAUGACUACACAUUCACAAUGGUGUUAUCAUGUUUAAUCGCUUUAACAGUUCUCCUCGUUUCACCCCUGAAGCAUUUAGAAGCAGUAGAGUUGAAAGAAGUUAAACUUGGAGAGACAGUGGCACUGAUGUGUAACCUGUCUGUCUACUUUGAGAUCCACUGGCUGAAGAUCAGUGAGGGGCGGCUGAUGGCUCUGAUGGUAACAAGUCUGAAACACACUGGAGAACUGUCUGUUGUCUGGAAUUAUAAUGAAACUCAUUUUGAGGGCUUUAUGGAGAUGCAGAUGACUGGACUGAGAAUUCUCCACGUCUCCACCAGCGAUCUCGCCACAUACUAUUGUGCAACAUCAUAUCAAAAACGCUUGGACUUUGAUAAAGGAGUGCAACUACACACAAAUCAACAAGAUAAACAAAAAACAUCUGAUCAUGUACAAGAUUUGUCAGGAAGAGAGAAAAAAGGAGAGAACAAAACAGAUGAAUCAGGAGGUUUAAAUGGACCCUCUCUACAUUACCAAGUUUUUGCAGCAGUUUUGUGUUUUGGUCUACUGGUAAUGUUACUGGCGGUUUCUGUGGUACAUAUUAAGACAAAAAAACAUCUACAACACUGAAAUAUAAGAGAAACACUGGGAUUCACCAUAAAAGUAGGCAAUGCCUCAAGUAUGAACUUUUUUGUAUUGUCUGUUUUCAUAAAAGUAACAUUGCCCUGUCAUAUUGAGGAUUUGAGAACUUUGUAAUACAGUAUAUUCAUUAUUAUUAUUAUUUCUUUUUUCUUUUUUUUUUUGCAUUCAUUUACUUAAUAAAGAAGUUCAUUUUGUGGGAAGUUGAUACAAGUCAGUUUACUUUUUCUUUCAAAAAUGUAAUGUAGUAAUCUUACACAAAACACCUGAAGAAUUAUCUUACAAUUUUCUUUGUAUGCUUUCACUUGCACUUUUGAUGGCCAGGGUGGCCUCAAUUUUUAAAAAAGCUUAAAAAAAAAAGCAAUCUAUUUGAUCACUGUGUCUUUCUUAUAAAAAUAUAAUGAUGUAUGUGGUGUUAAAUGGGCUAAUUUACUUAAAUAAUGUGUGUAAGGACCAUACGUUAAGAUCAGUGGUUAUCAGUGUUACUUUAAGCUUCCUCACUGUUCAUCUCAAUAAUAAAAAAAUCUUGCUACUAGAUGUUUUUCUACAACAAACCCAAAGACUGUAAGGGACUUUGAACAAACCGCAAGCUUAUAAAUGUUUAACGGAUUUAGCGUUUUACUUGUUCAUUUGGAAGUUUAGGAGGCCCCCUAGCGGCCCCCUCACCCCUUAUUCAGAAUGUAUGGCAAGAUGGCGUUGGUACAGCUUCUACGUCCGGACUCUCCAACGUCUGAUCGAUUAAUAGGCCUAUAAUUACACAAUAUAUCUUCGAUGGAUGCCGCUGGUUUAAGUUGAUCGGAGUUUUUAAGUCGAUGGACUACAGUUUAGCACAUUGUUAUUCAUUUUCGACUUAAACGACGCAGGCUGACAAUUUGUCAACAGAAUUCCAAAGAACUGCUUUCGGAAAAUUCCUAGAGUCUGUAAAACUCAAAGCAAGGCCAGAACAGAGACUGUCAGACCAGCUAUGAUACCAUUUGGCCAUUCGCCAACCUGGAGUUUAUCAGGGGUCCACAGUUAUUGUCUUCUAUUACUCUUUGCUCUCUGUCUCGGUGGAAUGUCAGUCCCUGUUGCAGUGAAAGUGAGGGAUACUGCAAUUAUCCCUUGCUACAAGACGUGUAAUGGGGAUGUUUUAUGGGCAUUAACAACUAAAAAUGAAAAGUUGGAUGUCCUACGAUGUGUCCAAGGGAGAUGCACAGAAGGAUCCAGUUUUAAGAACAGAGUACACCUAUCCCAUGAAAAGAUAAAUUCUGGAAACCUGUCUCUAAUAAUGUCUCCUGUUCUGUACAACGAUGAAGGCUGGUAUGAAGCCACGUGUGAUUUAGAAUUGCUUUGUAAAUUCCACUUGGAAGUUUUUGUACCCACUACUGUGAGCGUCUCAGUCAGUGGCAACGUCACACUACCCUGCUACGCACGCACAGAGAAAACGAUUGCUGAUGAUUCUGUGAACAUCCUAUGGAAUAAAGAUGACCAAAUGGUAUUACAGGUUCAAAAAGGACAUACAAAAUAUGGCUCCGGUUUUACAGAAAGGGCAUCGGUUUCACUACAUCAUUAUAAGGAUGGAGAUCUUUCCCUUAACAUACUCGGGGUCACCACAUCAGAUAAGGGAUUGUACCGAUGCUAUCACAAUACAGAUGAGGAACACGGUUAUCCUAGUGCUGUCAGUCUCAUUGUUACAGCUCAUCAAAAGCUCUGUGUAAAAAAGUUUGGUGAUAAUCUCACCCUGGACCUGUUCGGCUCUGACUCUGUGACGGUAACUUUCACCGGUUCUGAUACAGAGGAGAUCCAGGUUUGCAAUGUGACAGGAAACAACACUACAUGUUCCCUCGACUAUAAUAACAGAGUAUCUGUCAUGAAUCACUCCCUCGUGCUGCGAGGAUUAACAUCCUCUGAUGGAGGGACAUUUACUGUGAAAGACAACAUGGGUGAAGUCAUUAGUAUCAACACUGUCACUGUUGAGGGUGUGGCCCGGAACCGUUCCUUUGUGGCUCUGUUAGCAUUUCCUUUUUUAGUCCUCCUUUUCAUUGGUCUGUUCCUUUGGUGUAAAUAUCAUAGAAAGUCACAAGUGCCAGAAAAUCGCUCCUAUUAUAAUGCCAGAGAGUCUAUUGUGGUUAUAGAGUCAUCACAGAGAGAGUCUGCAUACAUUGGAGUGCCACAACAAGAAACCAAUCCAAAUAUGUCAGGGGAUCUUGAAGAUUAUCCAGGCCUACCAGUAGAGGAGACCAUGCCUGUGAUAUUGACCACUGAGAAGCAGGACAACAUUGCUGAGGAAUAAUCUAUAUUACCUCAGUUAUAAGAAUGAAAGAAAUUAGCGUAAAUGAACAAAACAAGUGAGUGUUUAGAGAACUCUGAAAUGCACUUAAUGUAAGGGAUAUUACAGAUAUGAAGACAGAGGUAGCUCAUUCCAAAGCCUUGGAGCUGCUGCAGAAAAUGCACAGUUACCUUUACCUUUCAGGCAAGACUGGGGGACUGUAAGACAGCUGAUCAUUUCAUUUAUGUGUCCUAUAAAUUUGAUGCAGGCUAAUUAAAUCCAAAAAAUAUACUCUGGUGCUAAGCAAUGCAAGGCUUUGGUCAUAUAACAGCACUUUGUGACGAAUUCUGUAUUUCUAAUAAGAAAGCAAUUAUAUAUUGCUUAGCUCAGGAAUGAUUAUUUUAGUGAAAAUAUGAACUGCCUUCCUUAACAAGCCUUUUUACUAGGUCACUGAUAUGUCUGAUCCACUGAUCUACAUCUGUACUACUGUACAUUGUCCCCUCUGAAAGUGCUGUUUAUUUAUUUAUGUGUAAAGUGAAUGUACAAUCAUAAGAUGGGGAAUUCAUACCAGUUUUUAGGUUUUUAUAGUGGCCUCUUGUUAUCCACAAAAUGCACUUAAAAUAGUAUGAUUAUUUAGUGAUCUUUUUCCUGAUAUGUUUACAUUGCUGACAGACAUCUUAAGUCAUUAGGGUUGAGCCAGACACGGUGGGGCUGCACAACUAUUAUUCUUACCAUAAUGAUGAUGAUGUCAGACAUGCCCACACUGGAAACCCACCUUUUGCUGGUACUGUGCUGAUGCUUUUCAAGCAUUAUUCUGCUGUUUUUCUUGCUGCUAUUAUUUACAACAAUUAUUACAAUUAUGUACAAUUAUUUGUUUGAACUGUAUCUUUAAAUGUCUUGUGUUUUAUUAACUUUUGUAUCAACAUUUCUAUUAUAUGAAUGUGUGAUCAAGCAAAUUCAAAGCAUUCAGUGAUUAAAGGGUAUAUUUAUCUGCUAAACGAAAUGUCUUAGCUGUUUUUAGAACCUAUCUAUCUAUCUAUCCAUCCAUCGCAAUGAUGUUUUGUGAAUCCAGUAACAACAAACAUGAAGAAAUUAUGUGAAAUGUGUACUUGUUUAUUCAGGAAAAAAAUAAACAAUACCAGUCAAAAGUUA